CCCUGAUCCUUCUCGGCAAAGAAGAAAAGAUUCUGGCAAGCUACCAGAAAGAUUUGUUUUUACCCUGAAAAUGGCGACUCUCUUUCAUUCGGAUCCAUUCCUUGCUGUAUUACGAGAGUCAGUUCUUCGAUGUUUCCAUCGCGAGCACUUGCUAACAUAACGGUCUUGGGAUCUUUCAGUUCCUCUUCACUUAUGGAUUUUGUGCGUUGUUUUUCUACGCUAGAUGCAGCAGUACCCAUACUGUCUAGCUGCCCUUCUUUCUGCUUUGGUAGUUUUUUGCUCUUCCCAGAUUAUGACGUUCAGGUAAUUUAAUGUUCUACUUGGAAUGAGUUAAAGAGUUAAAAUUAGAACGAUAAAUUAAGAAUAUUUUUCGUCUGAGAUUUCAUCUCGGGCGGUGGAGGAAGAAAGAUAGGAAAUACUCGAUCUAAUUACACGAUGAACGCUAGCCACAUUUCGGGGGAUAGAAUCCGUCUUGUCACCACCCCGACAAUUUCUGACGCGGGAAAACCAUGUUAUCAAUCAACCAAUCAGCAGCGAGAAUCUGGCAUUUAAAAAUGGCCGCGUGCUUUGAAGUUCAUUGAUUUGCAAACUGACAGACGAAUAAUUAGAGUGUAUUGAAUUUACGCGAAGUUUUAAAUUUUACAUCGGUAAGUCAACUUUUAAAUUGUGAUGAAGCUUACAAAUGUGUUUGCUCUUUGCUGAUUUAUUCAUUGUAUGUUCUUAAAUCUAGAAUUUAGCGAAGAUAUGGCUCAAUUCGAGUUCGAAAAUGGAGUCAAUGAUUGCUUGAAGAAGCUCGAAGCACCACUUUCGAAAGGCCCCAUUCCUCGCUGGCAAAGAAAAGAAAAAGAAAGGAAUUUAUCUUCAUCUGGAAAACCUUUAUCGCCUCUUCAAACAACUUCCCGCAGUCGUGUAAACAGAAAUGUAUCGUCUAAAACUCAGACGUUUACACCCGGCAAGAAGACGAAGACUCCAUGUAAGUCUCCAAAGAAAACUCCUCAGAAAACCCCGAAGAAGUUCCUCGAAGGAGACCGCUUUAUUCCUAGCAGACCGCUUGUGGACUGCGAGUGGAGCCAUUUCCAGAUCAUGCAGGGAAAUGAAUCGGUUGAUGCGAGUUGCGACAUUGAGGUCGAGGGUAACCUCGAGUUCCAGUCAGCUAUGUCGGAGAACCUGGGAAGUAGUUCCAACAACUGCAAGAUUCUUCACUUCAAGUCUGGCGCUCCCGUGACCAAAGAAGGGCAUCAGAACAACCUAAGAGUGCUGUACUGUCAGAGCAAGCCAUCGGCGCCUAAAGCAAAGUCAACAAGACAUAUUCCACAAGCUGAGGACAGAAUUCUUGAUGCACCAGAUCUGCUGGACGAUUACUAUCUAAAUUUGUUGGACUGGGGAUCAAUAAAUCAGCUUGCCUUAGCUCUGUCUGGGGCGGUGUACAUAUGGAAUCCUUCCAGUGGUGAGACACAACACUUGUUCCAGAUGGAGGGUGACAAUUACAUCUCCAGUGUCAGUUGGAUUGGACAGGGCAGUAUACUGGCUGUCGGCAAUAACAAUGGUCAGGUCCAGUUAUGGGAUGUCGCGCAAGCCAAGUGUGUUCGUCUGAUGGCUGGUCACGCUGCUAGAGUGGGCUCACUUGCGUGGAACUCCUUCAUCCUGUCAAGUGGUUCACGGAGUGGUGCAAUCCACCACCAUGAUGUACGAGUGGCAUCACAUCACAUUGGAUCCCUCCUGGGUCAUAACCAGGAGGUAUGCGGUCUUGAGUGGUCUCCUGAUGGUAAACUGCUAGCCAGUGGUGGCAAUGAUAAUGUACUGAAUAUCUGGGCUCAGGGUGGCACCUCAGAGGCUGUGGCUAGUCCGCUUCACACCCUGACGCACCAUCAGGCUGCAGUAAAGGCAGUGGCGUGGUGUCCAUGGCAACCAAAUGUCUUGGCCAGUGGUGGUGGUACUGCCGACCGUCAUAUCAAAUUUUGGAAUGCAAAUACAGGAACUUGCCUGAACAGCGUGGACACUAAUAGUCAGGUGUGUGGGCUGCUCUGGUCUAAAGAAUACAAAGAAUUAGUAUCAGGUCAUGGAUUCUCCCAACAUCAGCUCUCCAUUUGGAAAUACCCGGCCAUGUCACGCGUCACGGAACUGACUGGGCAUACGUCACGCGUUCUCCACAUGACCAUGUCACCUGAUGGCCAACACGUGGCGUCGGCCGCCGCUGACGAGACCUUACGCUUGUGGAAAUGUUUUACCACCCAGAGCAAAACGAAGAAAGUGUCGGGGAGGGGUGUGGAAAAAGACGGCGCUAGUUUGAUGUCCUGUAUGAAAGUGCGUUAAGGGAGUGAUUCAAUUUGAUGGCGAGGAAUUGCUCUUUCAGCUUCUAACUUCGAAACACGUGGAAAACAGCCUUUCCUGAAAACCGAUAAUGUUCUUUAAAAUGCACGUGUAGCCUGGCAUGUAUUAGUUAUUCGUAUCAUCUCUUUGGUUUAGUGGCACAAUGGAAGUACUGGCAUUCAGCUUGGGCUCUCGAUACCAGCCUCUCUCUUUGCUUUGCCUCCUUUUUCGUUGAGGAAAGAGAGCCUGGGAUCGAGUUUGAAGUGUGGAGUGUUUUUAUAUGUUACUACUGUGGCCUAUGGAAACAAGGUUGAAGACUAAUUACAAGCCAAGGAAACAAAAGUGCACUUGUGAUUUUUUACUUUAAUGUACUGUUUUAUUAAGCAAAUUUUAGUUUUGAGAAGUUGUGGAAUGGCACGUGCAGCUCGCCUUAAGGACUAGGACAUGGCAAAAGCGUGCAUUCCGAAUGUGAGUCUUAACAUGCAGUUUGAAAAAAUCUUAUGGUAUUUUUAAGAAAGGUCCAUUGGAUGAAUAACAAGAAAAGGAUGUCUUCUGCAUUUCUAUACCUAACGGACAUAAUGAUGUCUAUAUUAGAGUUAGUUUCCGUAAAGAAAACCAGUUUAGUUACUAACAAAAUGUAAUUAUUAUCAUUUUUAUUAUUCCAAACCGGGUACCUGCCUGAAAUGCUUUAAUUCCCAGACGUUGAAAAUAUUUUAAGUUAUAGCAUUAACAGAUUGUGAUUAGUUAUUGUACAUAUUUUGCUACAUUUUCUACAGAGUUGUGCGAAAUCAAAAAUUAUUUAUUUAUUUAAUUUGUAUUUAUUUAUAAUAAAUGGAAGAAGUUUUAUUGUGGAAGUUGCUUAUUUUCAUCAUGUUCUGAGUUUUAAUCUUCCUAUCUCCUAGACAAUUGGCCAGAUUCCAUUGUUUGAGUUUUCCUCACUCCACUUAGCCGGAUAUUUGAGUUGGAGAUCAACCAGUGAUAUUUUCGGGAAGGCAACAAUCGUUAAAAAAGUGAAAUUCUUUGUCCGGGAAUCCAGACAAUGAAAUAUCGCAUCUCCAAGGCCAUUUUUAUUAGUGCACAGGCCCCCUCCGGUCGUCUUAAGCGAUCCAAGGUUUUCGAUCAUAUUCGAGGAAACCUAAUUUGAAACAAUAUCAUACAGCCUUGUACGCUGAAAACUCGCACUUUGCUAAUUUGAAUAUAUUGAGGAAAACUUUAUGAAU